AUGCUGAUAUUAUUGGAUGCACUCUCCCCUUGCCCCGUCGCAUCUAAAGAUUCUAGCAUGGCCUCCGUAUCGGACACUAUCAACUCGAGGCGCGCCACGAACCGUUGCGUGGCUAUCUUUUCACACCCCUCCUCCAUCUCACUUUUCCGCCGCCGGCGUUUUGGAAAAUGUCUUAUUGGUGCCCUUAAUAAACCGGCGAACGCUGCCAGGGUGGAGGUCGUAGUUUUGUCUCUCGACCGUUCAAUGAAGCGUGCAGAGACAUUGAUUCACCGUGGAGGCAUCGGACGGCUCAUCCACAAAGGAGAUGACGGUGUCCGUCAUGGAUGA